AUGAGCGCUGAUUCGAAUGCUACGACGAGGCGUGCGGUGAGCCGAAUGAGCCGCAUCGCAGCGCACAUGGGCGUAGGCUCGCAGACUGGAUUCGAGGCCGCGGCAACCAGCGCUUCGCGGGUCGUGAGCCAGCAGCCCCCCGUGACCGUCCUCGUCACCGGCGCCGCUGGGCAGAUCGCCUACUCGCUCGUUUUCCUCGUCGCUCAGGGCCGACUGCUGGGCGAGGAGACGCCGAUCAAGCUCCAUCUGCUGGACCUGCCCCAGUUCGUGGGUGCCCUCCAGGGCCUCGCCAUGGAGCUUGAGGACUGCGCCUUCCCCCUCCUCCGCGGAGUGGUGUGCACCGGCGACCUGAAGGAAGCCUUCAAGGGCGUGGACGUGGCGCUGCUCGUGGGCUCGUUCCCUCGCCAGGCCGGCAUGGAGAGGAACGACCUCCUGGCCAAGAACGCCGCCAUCUUCAAGGAGCAGGGCAGGGCGCUCGACCAGUACGCCUCCAAGAACGUCAAGGUGUGCGUGGUGGGCAACCCGGCCAACACCAACGCGCUCAUCGCGCAGGCGUGCGCGCCGUCGAUCCCCAAGGAGAACUUCACCGCGCUCACCCGCCUCGACCAGAACCGCGCCAAGGGCUUCCUCGCCAAGAAGCUCCAUGUCUCGCCCGGCCAGAUUCACAACGCCAUCAUCUGGGGCAACCACUCGUCGACGCAGUUCCCCGAUGUGAGCCACGGCCAGGUGAGCAUUGACGGACGGACGGUCUCGCUCAAGGAGGCCGUGGGCGGCACCGAGUGGGUGGAGAAGGAGUUCAUCCCGGGCGUGCAGCAGCGCGGCGCCGCGGUCAUCAAGGCCAGGCAAAAGAGCUCGGCUGCCUCGGCGGCCAACGCCGUCGUCGGCCACGUCCACGACUGGCUCGUCGGCACUCCCCAGGGCGAGUGGGUGUCGAUGGGUGUGUACUCGGAUGGCUCCUACGGCAUUCCGCCCGGCGUCAUCUACUCGUUCCCGCUCACCUGCUCCCGGGGCAACUGGGCUAUCGUUCAG